GCCUGCAGGGGACUGCCCUGCUGUGUUCUGGUGUCACCCUGAGGCCUUGGCCUUGCACUGAGGCCUGGGUGGAGGACCUGCUGGGCAUGUACCGCGGAUACCUGGAUCAGGUGGCGCCCAGAGCGUCCGAGGGAGAAGGAGCCCCAGCCCCCUGCAGCCUUGCCCUGUGUCCCAGUGGCUACGUGAGAGUGGGAGAGGGUGCCCAACCUCCAUCCUAACGGGCGUCAUCUCCCACAGGACGAGCUGGUUACCCACAGGUGCCUCUGGCCUUCCCAAGCGGUGGCAGGCCUCAGCCCUGAGCACAGCGUGAAGGCAGGCAUGGAGCAGAGCCCGGAAUGCACAAGUAGGUUCCCCGUGCUGGCCGCCACGGGCAGCACGGAGCCCAAGCCGCCUGGUGGUCCCAACAUGUCCAACAGCUCCUGGGCCAGCCCAGGAGAGCCCAGCUCCCUGGAGGACCUGGUGGCCACAGGUGCCAUCGGGGCAGUGCUGUCAGCCAUGGGCGUGGUGGGCGUGGCAGGCAACGCGUACACACUGGCGGUGGUGUGCUGCUCCCUGCGUGCUGCAGCCUCCCUGCGUGUCUACCUGGUCAGCCUGGCGCUGGCCGACCUGCUCUACCUGCUCGGCAUCCCCUUCAUCGUGGCCACCUACGUAGCUAAGGAGUGGCGCUUUGGUGACGCGGGCUGCCGUGUGCUCUUCAGCCUGGACUUCCUGACCAUGCAUGCCAGCGUCUUCACUCUGACAGCCAUGAGCAGCGAGCGCUGUGCAGCUGUGCUGAGGCCGCUGCACACGGCGCGACGUCCCAAGGGCUACCGCAAGCUGCUGGCACUGGGCAUCUGGCUGCUGGCACUGCUGCUCACGCUGCCCAUGACGCUGGCCAUCCGACUGGCACGCCGCGGCCCCAAGCACCUGUGUCUGCCAGCCUGGGGCCCGCGUGCCCACCGCGCCUACCUGACACUGCUCUUCGGGACCAGCGUGGUGGGCCCUGGGCUGGCCAUCGGGCUGCUGUAUGCACGCCUGGCCCGGGCCAACUGGAGGUCUCAGAGGGGCCCCCUCCGGCGGCCACACCGGCUGGCCCGGCCCCGAGUGCUGUGCCUCACCCUGAGCACAGUGCUGCUCUUCUGGGCCUGCUUCCUCUCCGGUUUGGGGCAGCGGCGGGCCCAGUCCCGCCAGGCCCCGCCAGCGCCCCGCACGGCGCGUGUGGCCACCUACCUGACCACCUGCCUCACCUACGGCAACAGCUGCCUCAACCCCUUCCUCUACACGCUGCUCACCAGGAACUACAGGGACUAUCUCCGCGGCCGCAGGCACCGGCGGCCCGGCAAGGGCUGUGCGUCCCGCCUCCCACAGUGCCAGAACCACCUCCCACAGGGCUCCUGCUUGCUGUCCUCGAGCAGCCAGCCGGCCACUGAGCCUGUCAUGCUGUCACCAGGGCCCCUGUGCGAGCCCCUUCCCAGGAGCCCCAGUCCCCUCUGAGCCAGCCGGCCCUUCCUCGGUGCUCUUCCAGAGUUCCCCGGGCUGGGGACUCCACUACCUGUGGGAGACCCUCCCCUCUCUGCCCCU